CGCCGCGAGAUCUGCUCCGCCGUUGGCGAUAUAUUAGACCGUCUUCCCUCCCCUGCUGCUGGAUGUUGAAUGGGUUUGUGCAUCUUGUUCCCUUCUCUCGCUCUUUGACGCACUCGUUUUCUGUUGCUUAUUUCUAUUCCGUCACUCGUUACAUACAACCCCACGCUCAUUACAGCCAACAUGUUCUUCCUACGCUCGCUCCUCCUCUUUUUUGCCAUUUUUGAAAUUGCCCUUUGCGUGCCCGCCGAGCUGCUGGCGGACAAGAAAACGCAUCAUCACCGUACUGAUAAGAGUGUGGCUCCGCACCACAAAAAGACGACGGCACACCAUAAGCACCACUCGACGACGACGAAGAAACACCAUCAUGGUGCGAGUAGCGCGCCGCGUUCGGAGAAGACAGACCAUACUACGUCCAAGCGCGAUGGACAUGACGACAAGAAACACCAUCGUCAUGGUGGGAGUAAGGCUCCGCGCGAGAAGAAGUCGACGGCCACGAGCAAUCAUGGCUUGCCCACGCACACCACGGCCCACGCCGAUGGGGACAAGGAGCACAGAGGCCACAAGGAGCACAAAGGCCACAAGCACAGAUCUCACAAGACCACGUCCACUGCCCUGAACAAGGGCAAGAAGACCAAGCAUGUCUCCACCUCGACGCCCAAGCUCAAGUCCACGACUACGACUUCGACUCCGACCAUCCAAGGCCGGAAGACUACUAAGAAGACGACCACCACGCCGACCACCACGCCCAAGAAGACUACCAGCACGCCAACCACCACUCCCAAGAAGACAACUAGCACGCCCACCACCACUCCCACGAAGAUGACAACAACGACAAGCUCUACGACUUCAAAGACCAAGACUUCGGCUCUUCCAACCCCCACAAAGUCGAGCGGCAAGCGCGGCCUGUCCUUCAACGACCCUUACCUGACCAACUUCUUCUCCCUCCAAGGGCAAAACUCGCAGGUCACCUGGUCGUACAACUGGGCCAGCGACCCCUACUACGGCCAAUACCCGGACAACAACACCUUCAACCCCGUCAUCGCCUACUCGCCCAUGCUGUGGAGCAACGCGCAAUCCCUGACGAGCAUCUGGAGCGGCAACGUGCAAAACGCCAUCCAAGAAUACGGCUCCAACAGCGUGCUCGGCUUCAACGAGCCCGACGAGUGCUGCUGCGGCAGCAGCUGCAUGAACGUCAGCGUCGCCGUCUCCGCCUGGCAGCAAUACAUCCAGCCGCUCGCGGGCACGGUGCAGCUCGGCGCGCCCGCCGUGACCAACGCCGUCGGCCCGGGCGUGGGGGUCAACUGGCUAAGUGAAUUCAUGGGCAACUGCACCGGCUGCAGCUUCGACUUCAUCCCGCUGCACUGGUACGGCGACGUCUCGUCCCCCUCCUCCUUCACGCAGUACGUGCAGAGCUUCCACCAGCAGUUCAACAAGCCGCUGUGGAUCACGGAGUUUGGGACGAAUGGCGGGAGCGACGCGCAGAUCAUCUCUUUCCUGGAGAACGUGAUGCCGUGGUUGGAUUCGCAGACCUAUGUGGUGAAUUAUGCGUAUUUUGGGGAUUUCGCCGCGGGCUCGCCGUACUUGCUUAACCAGAAUGAUACGUUGACGGAUAUCGGGGUGGUGUACAAUAGCUACAGUCCUUGAUGGGGGUUUGUUUAGAUUGAUGUAUGAACUUCCUGUUCGCGCGCAUGGCAUUGCAAUAAAUUCCCAGCCCCACUUCAAGUCAGCACCAGCCAGCACUCUUGCGGAGUCAACUCCACUCCUCCAUCG